CUUGUGCUAUAUGAUGUAAUCUUCUCUGUAUAUAAAGGCACAGGAAUGAUCUGUUUUUUAAAUUCUUGUGGAACUUUGUAGCUUGCUCAAUUAAUUGAGCUGGAGGUGAAACAUAGAUGCAACCAAGUAUUGGAGCUUGGUUUUCCUCUUGGGGGUAUCGCUCAGCUCUUUGCGCAAGAAUGGGAGGGUGAUGUCACUAUUGUUAUGCCUGCCACACUUGCUCAGUACUCAAAGAUCAUCCAAAACCCGUCCCAUAUGGAGCUUCAGAAAGCUGCCAAUCAGGGAGAAGGUGCACUUGGGAGAAGCUCUCCGCCAUCAAAGCAAACUGUGGCAUUGAGCUUGCACUUGAUGAAUGCGUUACGAUCCUCAACCAUAUGCGCAGGCUCAAGAGGAGUGCAAAGAGAGCUGCAGCUGCUUCGCUUGGCCUUGCCGCCACUGCCAAAUUCAGCGGGUCUAGAAGGAUCCCUUCAUGGAACUGCCUUGCUAGAGAGAACUCAACUGGGUCCCUUGAUGAAGAUCUCCUGACAGAUGCCGCUUCCUCAUUACAUCAAGGAGUUGGAGGAUCCUUAGGUAAGAAUUCCCGGCCUUAUCGUGCUGGGCAUGAUGGAAGUGACAGUGAAUCCGAGAGUGUAGAUCAUUCUUGGACAAGAUCUGGUGGACCCUUGAUGAGGAGUAGCUCCGCUAACAAGUUCAUUGACUACAUCCAAAGCUUGGACUUACAAGUUGACCUAAGUAAGAUUGCUAAUUUAAACUCAAAUGUUGUUCAAAUGGGAGGAGAAACACACUCUCAGAGCUCAAGGGUGACAACACCCGAUAGAACUUCAGAAAACACGGAGUUCGAUCUGCGGGACUUGAGCAAUAGAAGCAGCUCAAGCAUCACUGUGUCUGAGGGAGAUCUCUUGCAUGCUGAGAAGGUUCAGGAGGGUAUCGUGUUUAAUGUUGUCAGGAGAGAACCUUCCAAACAGGAGUCAUGAUACUGAGAGUUACAACUAUGAAGUCGCUGAAUGUUUGCAACUUGAUUGUCCAGAAAAGGAGAUGGACGGUAGCUCGGAUUCAGAAUGCGGGGACGGUGGAGAUCACGUGGAAACAGCUUAAGCCGAUAAAAGGAGGGGAGGGAUUCAUAGUGCUAUGGUUCAAAUUGGUUCUGGUAUAGAUAUAGCUGAAAAGGACCAGAGAAUCUCCUGACAGUUUGGUUCCUACUUUGCAUCGCCUUUGUUAUUCAGCAUUCACAGUAGUUAGUGGUUCCAAUGCUUCUCUUACCUUUGACAGGAGAACGGGGAGCUUUACUACAUAUCAGAGCGUUGCAUAGAAUUGUAAUUUAGCUGUGGCUGAGUUUCUAGACCAGGAUACGGCACGGUCUCUGGAAAAGCCCUGGCUUGUAAAUACGU